UUCACUGCCUUUCUGUCUCUCUUUUCCUUGCUCUCAACUCAUCUCCAAUGCACUUCCUAACACAGAUGGAGAUAAAGAAAGAAUUCAAAGGGAAGUACUCAGACAAAAUUCAUGGGAACAUGGUUGAAGCUGCAUCCACUGCAGUUAUUGCGCCUGCAACGACGACGACGACUAGCAAAGAAGAGUCUGACAUAAGUAUACAAAAAAUGCCAAGCUUGGACUUAAAAAGAGUGUCACCAAGUGGAAAAACCAUACGCAAAACAAAGUCGCUGAGCGCGCAGUUCUUAGUGAAUAUAGACCAUCUUAUUGAUAAUAUGACCUGUAGCUUUGAUGAAACUGCAGGCCCCAUUGUUGGUAGAGCUCCUACCGACGAAUUGGGAUUUUUUUCAGUCGCUGCAUCCUCAUUUCCUUCUAACGACAUCUCAGAUGUCAUGAGAUUGCAGAACGAAAAUCACGAAGAUAGUGCAAUGGAUCAAUCUUCACCAGUUGAUGAAGAGUAUCAAGAUUCACAGAGUUGGAGGAAACUACACAUUGAACCUACCUUACCAAUAUAUCUCAAGUUUCAAGAUGUCAAAUACAAGGUAGCAGUGAAGGAAGAAAACCAGUAUGCAGAGAAGUCCAUACUGCAUGGAAUUACAGGCUCGGCACGUCCGGGAGAGGUUCUUGCACUCAUGGGACCAUCAGGAGGUGGCAAAACAACCCUACUUAAUCUUCUUAGUGGGAGGGACAAAGUUAAUGGUGGUAUCAUCACUUACAAUGAUCAACCAUACACAAAAUCCCUAAAGCAAAGGAUUGGAUUUGUGCUGCAAGAUGAUAUUGUCUUUCAACACCUUACCGUCAAGGAAACCCUAGCAUAUGCUGCUUUGCUUCGUCUUCCUAAUACAUUAACCACGGAACAGAAGAAAGAAAGAGCCAUAGAUGUCAUAAGUGAGCUUGGUCUUGAAAGGUGCCAAAAUACAAUAAUUGGAGGUGAAUUUGUGAGGGGGAUUUCUGGUGGUGAGAGGAAACGAGUCUGCAUUGGCAACGAAAUCCUUCUCAACCCUUCACUUCUGUUCUUAGACGAACCAACAUCUGGUCUGGAUUCAACAACAGCACUUCGAAUUAUUGAGAUGCUGCACAACAUUGCAGAGGCUGGCAAGACAGUGGUCACUACUAUACAUCAGCCUUCAAGCAGACUCUUCACUAAGUUUGACAAGUUAAUUCUUCUGGGUAAAGGAAGUUCGUUGUACUCUGGAAAAGCCGCGGAUGCUAUGUUUUAUUUCUCCUCAAUUGGUUGCUCUCCGCUUAUAGCGAUGAAUCCAGCAGAGUUUCUGAUUGAUCUUGCAAAUGGGAACAUUAAGGACAAGUCAGUUCCAUCAGGAUUGGAGGACAAGUUGUUGCCUAGUGCCCAAAAAUCUGAAAUCAAACAUAGAAGACCUUCCCCAUUUGAUGUCCAUGAGUAUCUAAUAGCGGCAUUUGAAGAAAGAGUUACAAAUGUGGAGAAAACUAAUAAGUUACUGAAACCUGUGCGGAUUAAUGGUUAUGUUCCUGAGACACGGGAGUGGUUAAAUUCAAGGGACUUAGGAGCAACUUGGUGGGAACAGUUCUCGAUUCUUUUUAGGAGAGGUCUAAAGGAGAGGCGCCAUGAAUAUUUAAGCAGUGUUCGAGUAACUCAAGUUAUAUCAACUGCUAUAAUCGUAGGACUGCUUUGGUGGCAUUCAGAUGCUUUGUCUCCCAAGCAGCUUCAUGAUCAAGCAAGGCUGCUGUACUUUAUUUCGGUUUUUUGGGCAUUCUUUCCUCUAUUCACAGCCAUUUUCACAUUCCCACAAGAAAGGGCAAUGCUUGCUAAAGAGAGAUCAGUAGACAUGUACAGACUCAGUGCAUAUGUAAUUGCCAGAAACACCAGUGAUCUUCCUCUGGACCUUAUAUUGCCUAUAGUUUUCUUGGCAAUAGUCUAUUUCAUGGUGGGCUUAAAGCACAGUUUCGCUGCAUUUUCGUUAACCUUGCUUACAAUUUUCCUCAGUAUUAUUGCUGCUCAGGGUCUAGGGUUGACAAUAGGCGCAGCAUUCAUGGAUGUGAAGAAAGCAACAACACUGGCUUCCAUCACCGUCAUGACCUUUAUGUUAUCUGGUGGAUUUUUUAUUCAGAGUGUUCCAUCUUUCAUGUCAUGGGUACGUUACAUCUCUCUCAACUAUCACACGUACCGGCUACUCCUAAAGAUUCAGUACAGCUGCUCUGGUUCAGGGUCUGGAUUGGAUUCUUGCGAGUCUCUCUUCAUCAGAGGACAAAGGCUCGACGAAGGGGGAGCAGAAGUGGGAGCUCUGUUGGUGAUGAUUAUGGGGUAUCGAAUGUUGGCCUACAUUUUCCUCAGGAGGAUGAAAUUAAGGACUAUGACAUAGUUUAUCUCAUGCUUUAUUGAGUUGACAUUACCAAAGUAGAGGAUUGUUAUGCUCCUCAUUAAGCUAUUGUUUAUCUUCAAAUGUUAAUUAGCUUGAGACUAUGAUGUUUUCAAGCAUUUCUUUUGUGUUUAAUGAGGCAAGUAAUUAACAGAAAUCACCCUCCUCUGUGCUAUUUAUUUUUGUUGAGUUCAUUAUCAAUUUUAAA